UCGCGUCACUGCUUCCGUACAGCGCCAGCCAGCCCUAAUCUGUUCUUCCUCUCCUGUAAAUUGUUCUCUUCGAAGCCCUAAUGAGCGAAGGCGGACAAUGAGGGUGAUUCCUCUGGUUCGGGCCCUGGCCCGAGCCCGAUUCUCGUUACCAAACCGCUGUCUGUGCUCCCGCACUCCACCGGCGGAGGCCGACGUUGCGCUCAAGCACGUCACGAAGUCGAAUUUUGAGCAGGCGCUGAACGAGCUGCGAGGCGACGUCAAGCAUGCGGAUUUCGUAUCGAUCGACUUGGAGAUGACGGGGAUUACGAGCGCGCCGUGGCGAGAGUGUUUCAAUUUCGACCGGCCGGACAUUCAGUACUUGAAAAUCAAAGAUUCCGCCGAGAAGUUCGCCGUCGUCCAGUUCGGAGUCUGCCCCUUCCGCUGGGAUUCCAAUUCGAACGCCUUCAUUGCUUAUCCGUACAACUUUUACAUAUUUCCACGGCAGGAAAUUCCUGGUGAUGGCUCAUCUUCUGAGUUCCUUUGCCAGACAAGGUCAUUGGAAUUCUUGGCAAAAUACGAGUUUGAUUUCAAUGCGUGUAUUUAUGAAGGAAUAUCUUAUUUAUCCAGAAGCCAAGAGGAAGAAGCAUUAGAGCAGUUGGACUCACUGUACAAGUUGACUCUGGAUUCAUCACCUAAGUUGGGAAACGAUGUGGAUGCAAAGUUGAUCAGGUUGGCAGACAUUCUAUUUUCUGAAAGAAUAAAGAAGACGCUCAGCGAAUGGCGAGAUGCAUUAUUACACAAGAGAAGUCGAGGAUCCGAGUUUCAAGGGAGCUUGAAUGACACGAAACAAAAAUUUGAGACAACGUUCUUCCAUAGGCGUCCUGCCCUUGUAUUGAAUGGCUUGAGUUCCCGUCAGUUGGGUAUGACUAAGAUGGUUGUUGGAAUGCUCAAAGAUCUUGCUUAUGUCCAUGUAUCCAGUGAAACAUCUCCUUUACAACAUAUGGUAGUCUAUACGGAUUCUACAGCAGAUAGGGAGUUGCUUAUGAUGGAAGUUAAAGCUCGUCAAAGGCAAGAAGCUGAGAUGAAGAUUAAAUCUGCAAUUGGGUUUCGGCAUGUUUUUGAUCUCCUUUCCUCGGAGAAAAAGCUGAUUGUUGGUCACAAUUGUUUUCUUGACCUUGCUCAUGUCUUUCGUAAAUUUGUUGCCCCUCUUCCUGAGACUGCUGAAGAAUUUGUCUCAUCUCUUCAAUCAUAUUUUCCACACAUCAUCGACACUAAACUGCUGCUGAAUACAGACAUUGAGCUAUUCCGUCUCCUAAAAAGUGGCGGCACUUCACUUUCCAAAGCUUUCACCUUACUCUGUCCACCUAUUGUUCUAAGUGGUGCUGGCAAUGUUGUUGAAGAUAAACGAGUUAAAGUCGAAGUUCAAGUGGACGGUCAGAGGUUUUCAAAUUGGAACUCGGGAUCCAAGCACGAAGCAGGAUACGAUGCGUUCAUGACAGGGUGCGUCUUUUCCCAGGCCUGCUUUCAUUUAGGUAUUGAUUUCAACUCUCUAGAUUUGCUCCAGCACCAGAAGCUCGAAAAGUACAUCAACCAUUUGUAUCUCAGCUGGAUGAGCGGCGACAUUAUAAAUCUGAAAACCGGGAAUAUUCUCCAAGACUCUCUCGGCUCCACAAACAUCAAUCGGAGGCAUCUUCCUAAAACCAUCUACUCAAACAUGAUUCUUCUGUGGGGUCUGCCGCGGACCCUACGAACGGCAGAUAUAAAAAAUUGCUUACAUAAAGCUUUCGGAGCGAUAUCCAUCGCGUCGUUCCAUCACAUAGAUGAAACUGCAGCCUUCAUUCAGUUCAGCCAACCGGAGCUCGUCUCCGAUUUUCUCUCCCUGAAGGAUUUGCUGGAGAAGGACACCGGGCCUGUGUCGGUUUUGCAUCCUCUAUCGAAUAUACUGGCCGGGGGACGCGUCCGUGCAGCCAGGUACGAUACGUAUAAAAAAAUUUGCAGUUCGCCUAUUUCGGAGACUAUGUUUGCAGAUCAAGCUGCGGCUGUUGGAGUGGACGCCGAACCCGGAUCGAUGGAGACGACGGAAGUCGAGAUCUCGAGCUCGAACGAGGUAUGCGAAGCGAUAUGUUUGGAUGGUGAUGGUGUGAGUGAGUUACAGUCUAAUUGCAUUUCUUCAACUGAUGGAUUUGUGGAUUCUUUUCAACUUUCGAAAGCAGCAAUUCGAACAUAAAUUAUAGAUAUACUUAUAUUAUGUAUGUGUGCAUAUAAUUUUGUCGGCGGAUAAUUUGAACAUAAAAAUCAUAGUAUAUUAUAUUCGUCCCAAAAAAACAAACAAACGAUAUCUUACUUUUUUUGGGACGAACGGAACAUGAAUAUAAUAUAAAUGUAUAAUAUGAACAAAUAGUAUAUGAUAAUAGUUUAUAUAAUUGAAGAUAACACAAAUAUAUGGUAGAAAUUCAUAUAGUACAUGUUGUGGUGAGGCAUCUCUCAGCGUUACCAAUAAAUGAUUAGUUUUAUAUUUACAUAUAAUUAUUAUUUUUUGAAUGUUCUAGUAUAAAAUUCUUGUCUAGGACUAGGAGGAGUAUUAUUUAAAAGUUCAGACCCAAAAUCCAAAUUAACAAAUAAACACGUGGUUGAAGUUUUAUUGAAUGAAAGGAAACAGACUUAUGAAGCGACAAGCAAACUCCAAUCAAGGGUCGAUCAAAUCAAACGUCUUCGAGAUCGAUCAAUCCAUAAUCAAAGCUGCGCACCACAGCACAUGAUGAUGACGGGGCAAAACGACGUCGUUUUCGAUGCUUAAGCCUCUCAUUCCUUCCUCAACUCGAUCUACUCUGUUAUUCCAUAUCGAAUCCGCCGGAAGAACAACCGUCAGCCGUCGACGCUAGCUAGCACUAAAAAUUCAAAUGAAGCCGUUAUAGAGAGUACAAUGAAACGAAAUGAAGGGUCAUCAGUCAAUUUCGCAGAUAAGUCUCCAUAUUAUUUGAAAUUAGAUAUGGUGCCGUUGUGUUUACUGGUAAGAUUAUGAUUUUUAAUUUUGAUUCUGAAUAAUAAAAUUUUAAGUUAAAAUAAUUGUUUGAUGUGAUAUAAAUAUAUAAAUUAAUAUGAUGGUUUAAAUGUAAAAUUAAAUUUUAAUACAAUAAAAUAAAUAAAUAUUUAUUUGAUAUUUUGUUUUAAAAAUAAUAAUAAUAAAAUAAGAGAUCAAAUCCUACUAGUAAAAACACCCAUAAUUUGCCUUAAUUUUUUAUAUACAAUUGAAUAGAGACUAAAUCAAAGACACUGAAAUCAAUGAUCUUGGCGUUCGUAAAGUGUGCUCAAUUAUUAUUAUUAUUAUUAUUAUUAUUAUUAUUAUUAUAUAUGGAAAUUAAAAGAAAUUGAACCGUUGCGUGCAUAAAAUAAUUAAGGAAAGAAUUCCACCAUUUAGUACCAAAAUAAUAGUAGAAAAUUCUUACCAUCCAUGUCAGCUUCCCACUCAUUCUUUUGCAUGCGACUUCAUAAUUUAUUAUUAUUAAUUAUAUUUAUAUAUAUAUGCAAAAAUAAAUAUUUAAAUUAUAUCAAAUUACUUUAUUUAAUACUUCCUCAUUCCCAUAUUGGAUGUCUGGUCACUUUAGAUACGAGAAUUUAGGAUAUGUAUAAUCAGUAGAUAAUUAAGAAUAUAUUAAUGAAAAUAAUUAUUCUAUAAUAUAAAUAAUUAUAUAUUAAAGUUAAGAUAACUAAUUAGUUUAAUUAAAAUUUAAAAAAUAAAUUAAAAAAUUUAAAAUAAAAUUAAAAUAUAUAAUUAUUUUUCAAAAAAUAAAAAUAACAUGAAAUAUAAAA